UUCUCUGUAGCUCGCCAGCGGAAAGCGGUCGAUGGAUUUUCAAAAACUUUGCACUUUUGACACUUUUACGCAGUUGUGGAGCCACUACGGUUAUGGGGAAAAUUUACAAGACGUGAUUGAGCAGGAGUUCACACGGAUUAAAGGAAUAACAUAUCUGGAUCAUGCAGCAACUACACUGUACCCUGAGUCUCUGGUCAGGGACUACUUCCAGGACAUUUCAAGGAAUGUGUAUGGAAACCCUCACAGCCAUAACCCCAGCAGCAGAUUGACACAUGACACAGUGGAGAGGGUCAGAUACAGGAUAUUGCAGCAUUUUAACACCACCCCCGAGGAGUACUCUGUGAUUUUCACUUCUGGUUGUACAGCCGCACUUAAAUUAGUGGCUGAGAGCUUUCCCUGGAGGCCACAGACCGAGAGUGAAGCAGGGAGUCUCUUCUGCUACCUCACUGACAGCCACACCUCUGUAGUUGGCAUUAGAGGACUGAUUUCUAGCCGGGGGGUAGUUGCCCUGCCUGUCUCCCCUCAGGAAGUGGAAAACAGAGCAAAGGAUGAGGCUCAAGGUGAAGAUGUUAUUUGCCAGACGGAGCAUCUAUUCUGCUACCCAGCACAGAGCAACUUCUCUGGGAGGAAGUAUCCCCUUAGCCAUGUGAAAGGCAUCCAGACGAAACGUCUCUACCCAGCAUGUGACCACCAAGGCCGCUGGUUUGUGCUGCUCGAUGCUGCCUCUCAUGUCAGCUGCUCCCCUCUAAACCUACAUGAGUGCCCUGCUGAUUUCAUUCCCAUCUCCUUCUAUAAGAUGUUUGGCUUCCCCACAGGUCUGGGGGCCCUUAUUGUCCGUAACAACGCAGCAGGCAUACUAAAAAAGACUUAUUUUGGAGGAGGCACAGCAGCAGCUUACCUUUGUGGAGAAGAUUAUUAUGUUCAGGCUGCAAACAUUUCUGACAGAUUUGAAGAUGGAACUGUCUCUUUCUUGGACAUAAUUGCUGUAAAUCAUGGAUUUGACGCUCUUUACAGGAUCACAGGGGGCAUGCACAACAUCCAACAGCACACGUUUGGCUUGGCACACUACACUUACAUGCUGCUGUCAAGUGUUUGCCAUGGCAACGGGCAACCAGUGGCUCAGAUAUAUGCCGAAGGCCAGUUUGAGAGUCCAAGCACACAGGGCGCAAUCCUAAACUUCAACCUCAAGGAUUCUCAUGGACAGAUAAUUGGGUAUUCUCAGGUGGACAGAAUGGCCAGUCUGUACAAUAUCCAUGUGCGCACAGGUUGCUUCUGCAACACCGGGGCCUGUCAGUCCUUCCUCGGGAUCACCAAUCAGCAGAUAAGGAGAAACCUGCAGGCGGGCCACGUCUGCGGAGACAGCAUCGACCUGGUGGAAGGCCAGCCGACCGGAUCUGUACGUGUGUCCUUUGGCUACAUGUCGACAUUUGAAGACUGUCAAAAGUUCCUGAACUUUGUCGCUGAGUGCUUCGUAGAGAAACCAGUCACAGUGGACCAAGGGAGACUAGAACAGCUAAAAACCUUCACAGCAGCAUCCCAGGGCGAAUGUGAAGAUCUUCCAAUUAAAAUCACUAAUGGAGAAAUAUGUAAAGUAGAAGAGGAGCUUGAAGCCUCACUGAGGGGAUUUGGACACAGAGACUUCAACAGCCACAGGGAGCCUUAUACUCUGACCAACAUCUACAUAUAUCCCAUCAAAUCAUGUGGAGCCUAUGAGGUCCACGACUGGCCGGUGGGACCGCUGGGUUUGCUGUAUGACAGAAGCUGGAUGGUGGUGAAUGGAAACGGCGUGUACCUGAGCCAGAAGAGAGAGCAGCGUUUAUGCCUCAUUCGCCCACAAGUCCACCUGCCCUCAAACAAAUUGCUCCUGCAGGCAUCAGGGAUGGAUACCAUUUCUGUUCCCCUGGAAAACAACACUCAAAUGCACACAAGCUAUCGGGUGUGUCAGAGCAAAGUUUGUGGUGACAGGGUGGAGACUGUCGACUGUGGCGAUGAGGCUGCGUCGUGGCUUUCAGACUUCCUUGGACAGCCAUGCCGCCUGAUAAGACAAAGUCCGGGUUUUACCCGACACGUGAAGAAGAAGCCUAGUGAAGCUGCCACCUCCACAUCCCUCUCCCUGGUGAAUGAAGCUCAGUAUCUCAUGAUCAACCGUGCCAGUGUGAGGCUCAUUGAGAAAGUAAUGAGCAGCAGGCAGGACGACUCCGAGGGCGAUCAGCUCCUUGACACACAGAAUGUCAUUAGCCGCUUCCGAGCCAAUUUAGUCAUCGCUGGAGUAAAACCAUUUGAGGAGGAUAAUUGGCCACACUUGAUUAUUGGCAACACUAGAUUCGUGGCUGCAGGUCAGUGUGGAAGGUGCCAGAUGAUUGGAGUAGACCAGGAGACUGGGACCAAAACAAAAGAGCCGCUAAUGUCUCUGUCGGCUCACCGCAAUGGGAAGGUCACUUUUGGGGUGUACCUGACCCAUCAGCUACCGGAGGGCUCCACUAAAGCCAGUGUCCUCUCUGCCGGUGCCCUGAUACAGACGGAGCCUUACAGUUCUUGAAGUAGUCAUCUAUAACAACUGUUUUGCAGACAUCUUUGGUCCUAAGCAGCCACUGUUGCGCUGCACAUCGUAAAUAUCACCUGUCUGAACACUGUUGGGAGUUUCUAUAGAUGCUUCUCUUUUAUUUUUAAUCUGUGGAGCCCUUGUGUCUUUUUUCCUCUCAAGUGUCCUUUUCAUAGCAGAGCCUCCAGAUUUUAUUAUAUACAAGUCGCUUUUGAUAGGAAAUAAAUGAGAUUUACGGAUUUUAUUUUUAUUUUUACGUUCUUGAAAUGCAUGCAAUAAAGAAGAUGUGAAGUAUUAA